UAGAAUGACAGAACCAACCCAUUUAGGUUCGCUGAAAUUGAGUUGAAUUGGCACCGGAACUAUUUUCAAAAACCCAUCUAAACCCGCCCCCUUUAGAAACAAACAAGAAAACCUCCCGCUCUUUCAGAUUUCUCUUCUGCACAAAUCUGAGUAAUACUCAAUUUUGAAUUUUACGCUUCACUAUCGAAGAAUAAUCGAUUUUACAAAGUAUACAAUGAGGGAAGAGGAAAUAGAGAGGCUAAGAGGUGUAGUGAGGGAUUGCGUGAGCAAACAUUUGUAUUCCUCAGCCAUCUUCUUUGCUGACAAAGUGGCCGCAAUUACUUCUGACCCAGCAGAUAUAUACAUGCAAGCACAAGCGUUGUAUCUAGGUCGACACUAUCGCCGUGCUUUCCACCUUCUCAAUGCUUCCCAAAUCGUCCUUCGUGACCUCCGCUUCCGUUACCUCGCCGCUAAGUGCCUUGAAGAGCUGAAGGAGUGGGAUCAAUGUCUUCUAAUGCUGGGUGAUGCUAAAGUGGAUGAACAUGGAAAUAUUACUGACACAAGGGAGUGCAAUAGUAUGUACUUAGACAAGGAUGGUGAAGAUCGCGAAAUAAAUAUUUUAUCAGCAAUAUGCUUUUUGAGGGGCAAGGCAUAUGAAGCUUUGGAGAAUCGCGCACAGGCUCGGCUAUGGUAUAAAGCUGCUAUCAAGGCUGAUCCUUUGUGUUAUGAGGCAUUGGAAUGUCUAAUAGAGAAUCACAUGCUCGCUUGUGAUGAAGAGAAAACCCUACUCUCAUGUUUGCAAUUUGGUCCGGAAGAUGGGUGGCUCUCUUCGUUCUAUUCUUGUUUGAUAAAGAAGUACGAUAAAGAAAAUGUGGUGGAAGCCAAAUUUAGAGAGCUGGAACAGGGUGGACCUAAUACAAAGACGUCGGAAAAAUCUGUUUUAUGUACGCUUAAAGCCAACACUGAUCUUUUGGCCUGCAAAGCCGAGUACUAUCAUCAAUGCGGUGAAUAUCAAAAAUGCUUUGAACUAACUUCUGAAUUGCUUGAAAAGGAUCCAUUCCAUCUCAAGUGUACCCUGGUGCAUUUGGCAGCAGCAAUGGAGCUAGGGCAUUCCAAUGAGCUGUAUCUUAUGGCUUGCAAUUUAGUGAAGGAUUAUCCUCAAAAGGCUCUCUCAUGGUUUGCUGUUGGUUGCUACUACUAUUGUAUCAAGAAAUAUGACCAAGCACGACGCUAUUUUAGUAAGUCAACAAGCUUGGAUGGAACAUUUGCUUCAGCUUGGAUAGGCUAUGGAAAUGCUUAUGCAGCUCAAGAAGAAGGAGACCAAGCAAUGUCAGCUUACCGUACUGCUGCUAGAUUAUUUCCUGGGUACCAUUUGCCUACUUUGUACAUUGGAAUGGAAUAUAUGCGAACUCACAGCUUUAAACUGGCUGAGCAGUUUUUUAUGCAGGCCAAGUCAAUAUGCCCCUCAGAUCCACUUGUAUAUAAUGAACUUGGAGUUGUUGCUUAUCACAUGAAGGAGUAUAAGAAAGCAGUGCGGUGGUUUGAGAAAACAUUGGCUCACAUUCCAUCUUCCUUAAGUGAGAUGUGGGAAUCAACUGUAAUCAAUCUGGCUCAUUCCCUCAGAAAAUUAAAGAGGUACAACGAAGCAAUUACAUAUUAUGAGAGAGCCCUUGCGUUGUCUACGAGAAGUUUAAGUACUUAUGCAGGUCUUGCAUACACUUAUCACCUUCAGAACAAUUACACUGCAGCUAUUACAUACUACCACAAGGCUUUGUGGCUCAAACCAGAUGACCAAUUCUGCACAGAAAUGUUGACUUCAGCUCUGGUUGAUGAAAGCCGCCAAGGGAUUGACCCAAUGGUUGAAUCUCGCUGUGGCGGUCUAUUUAUCUAAUUUGGAACCCGAGGAAAAGAAUUCUCUGGUGAUGUUAUUAAUUUGUAAUUUUCUAUAAUGAUUUCUCCAAAAGGUUAGGAAAAAAUUUACAAGAUAUAAUUUUGUCUUGUUGUAUCAUAGACUAGUAGGAGUCGAUAAAUUUGUAUCUGCAGCUAGUUCUAGCAGUUAAAACUUGUACUAAGACUGGAUCAAGAUUUUUUAUAACAUAAUAUGAUUGCAUUCUUUUUUCUUUCUUU